AAAAAAAAAACCAGUCGUGGCACAAACUACCGUUCGUCGCGUUCAAGGAUCCCGGUCGGUCCUCCAUGAAAGAGGGAGCGAGGCAGCCAAUUUGGGGAAAAGAGAUGUCUGCGAACGUCUUGUCAGCUUUCUACGACAUGGACAUGCUUUAUAAGCAGCAGGAGAAAAGCAUGAACAUGAACGCCCUCCACAUCAACAGCAUGCUGGAUAAGAAAGCGGUGGGCGCCCCGGUCACCGCCCCGGGCUCCGACGCCUCCUUCCCGUCGAGAUUUUUCCGCCGAAACUCGACGAGCAACGUGGAGGCGAUGAACAACGGCAACAAAUACUCCAUGGGCUCCUACGGCAGCCUGAAGGAGAACACGCCGAGCGGCAACGGCAGCGCCACGGCCCUCAUGAACAAGGAGAACAAGUUCCGCGACCGCGCGUACAGCGAGAGCGGAGAGCGGGGCGUGCUCCAGCAGAAGCCCGGCUCCCAGAUCAACUCCACCCGCUACAAGACCGAGCUGUGCCGGCCCUUCGAGGAGAACGGCUCGUGCAAGUACGGGGAGAAGUGUCAGUUCGCCCACGGCUACCACGAGCUGCGGAGCCUGUCCCGCCACCCCAAGUACAAAACGGAGCCGUGCCGCACCUUCCACACCAUCGGCUUCUGCCCCUACGGGCCCCGGUGUCACUUUAUCCACAACGCCGACGAGCGGCGGCCCGCGCCGCCCUCCAACGCGAACGUGCAGUGCGGGGAGCCCCGGUCGGCUCGCGAGAUUUGCGGCUACGGCCAGCGAGACUUCCUGCCGCCGCAGCAGCAGCUCGGCUACACCCAGAGGGACCGACCAAAGCUCAACCACAGCCUCAGCUUCUCGGGCUUCUCCACCCACCACGGACUCGAGUCCCCCCUGCUCGACAGCCCGACCUCCCGGACCCCGCCCCCCCCCACCACGGCCUCCUCCUGCACCUCGGCCUCGAGCUUCUACGACGACGUCCUGUCCCCCAACUGCCUCAACAGUGCCUUCUCCUUUCCCGGCCAGGACCUGAAAGCCCUGCUCGCGCCCCUGGCCGUGCACACCCCCGGCGGCUACGCCAACAACCACCACUCCGCCGGUAGUGCCUACUACGGGAGCGCGCAGAGCGGCGCGCGCCCGUCCUCGCCCCCGACCUACAACAUGAGCCACUUGCAGGUGCUCCGCCGCCUCAACGAGUCGCCGGUGUUCGAGCCUCCCCCCAGCCCGCCAGACUCGCUCUCUGACCGGGAGAGCUACGCGAGCGGGUCCCUCAGCUCUUCCGGGAGCCUCAGCGGGUCCGAGUCCCCGAGUCUGGACGCUGGCAGGCGUUUGCCAAUCUUCAGCAGGCUGUCGAUUUCAGACGACUAAUUAUGUAAUUUUUUUUUUUUUGUUCUUACGGAUUAUGGACUGGUCAGGUGAAGUUGGUGAGGGGGGGUGUAGGUGGGUUGGCUAAGGAAUCAGGAUGGGGGGUGGGGGGAGUUGUUGAGUGAGACUGGCCUUUCAAGCAGAGGAUCCCAAGUUUAGCUCGCCCACCUCCCCGCACUUGACCCCAUUUCAGCCUUCUCCACCGGGCUGAUGUGCCUUUCUUUUUUCCAAGCGAGACUCUGAGCACCCCACCGGCUCCACGGGUGCUAAACCCUGCUCCAACCUCCCUGGAAGGGGGCAAGAGAUGAGUUUGGCCCGCGAGGAUGAGUAAAGCUCCACACGGCUUCAAGUGUCCUUGCCCUGGCAUUAGUGUAGUAAUGAUUUUUUUUUUUGUUGUCCUUGUAUGUAAUAUAGUUGUAUUAAAAACUUAGAUAGCAAACAGAAGGCAUUCCAUCAGUGCCUUGCCCAAGGGCUCAUGGCAGCCCCCUUUUUUCCCUUAUUGCUCUAUCAGGCAAGCCAUGCUUUUCCUGGGAUUAGAUGUGUGUAACAUGACUUGACAAGAAGAGACUAUAAGCGGUUUCAGAUUUCCUCCCAUCCUGCCAAGAAUAUGCCUUGACUUAAAGUAACAUUUUUCUUCUUUUUUUUUUCUUCUUCUUCUCUUUUCCUCUCUGAAAGCUUCAACUUCCAUUCCAGAUCUGCCUUCUCCCAGCGCCACCCAGUGGUUCAUGUAACGUGUUGCUUGGUUAAAAAGCGCUCUUGAGUUGGGUUUGUUUGGGGAAAUCACUGCUGAUGGUUGAAUAUAUAUUUUUUUAGCUGUUUUUUGAGUGAUUUACAUAGCGGUGCAUAACUGGCUAUGGACUAUUUAACUUAUUUAUUAUCUUGUGAAAAAAAGUAUAGGCUACAUUGGUAAUUUGUGUCCAUACUGUAUUUAUCAAGUAUGAUGAAGCAAUAGAUCUAUAUUCUUUUAUGUUUAAAUUAUGAUCGCCAUUAUUAAUCUGCAUAAAGUGGAGUGUAUGUUCUUUUCACAGUAAUAUAUAUAUUGUUUUUUCUCUUUUUUUUUGUAACUUCACUUGGUUAUUUUUAUUGUAAAUGAGUAAAAAAAAAAAUCUUAAUUUAAGAGAACGUAUGUGAUAUUUAUUUCAUUAAUUUUGUUUCCUUGUUUACGUUUAUUAAAACAAAAGUUUGCGUGAUUGCUGUUUGCUCCUGAGGUUGUGUGUCAGUGCUGUAGAAGGGCUUUUUUUUUCUUCUUUUUUUCCCUCAAUCCCUAUUUAGAUGUUUCUAUAGAAUGUAUAGAGGUUGUACAGACCGUCCAGACCUUACUUUUUGUUGAUCUAGAUCAGAUAUUAAGUGACAAAGAACCCAAGUCAAUAAAUUAACCAAAAAGUAUUUUCUUUUUUUUUUUCUCUCCUGUUUGCACGAGGUCACACUGUGAUUCCAGCCACGUGCUAAAGAAUGUAGCAAUCCCUUGUGCCCCAGUAUUAUUAUGUAGUGUCUAUGGGGUUCAUCAUCUUUACAUGCCUUAAAAUUAACCAAAUAAAGUAUUUUUCCUACAUGGCAUAUUUUUUUAUAUUCAAGUUGAACUGAAUGUAGUGUUGGAUUCUGAUACUUUUUUUUUUUAAGGUUGUUACCACUCAGAAACUCUGACAAAACCAACCGUGAACCUUGUUUAAGUCCCCAUUCCUCUUUUGAUGGCCUUCCUAAUGUGUGUUUUUUCUCUAUCUUCUUUUUAUUUUUGUUCUUUUUUUAAUUAGAAAUCUAGUCUUGAGAGUUUGCUGGAGAGGGAAGUGGAUGAACGUUUGGUUUGUACAUAGUAGGUACAGGGGGAUGCGCACUAUGUACUUUUGACUACUUUAUCAGAAGUAAAGCUUUUUGAAUGUAACAAACGGACAAAAAGACAACGAGAGUUGUAAUAAGUUUUUUUGUUUUUGGGGAGUCAGUUCACUACAAAUUGAGUGUGAGACUGUUAACUUUGUACUGUACAUUUUUUUGUAGUUCUCCCAAUAAAAAGUCAUUUUGAAAAAAAAACAAAAAAA